AUGGCAACCCCCAGCUCCACCCCUGCACAGGCAACACCAAUUCAUUCCUCCUCAAGAAACAAAGUCAAGUCUCAUAAGACAGCCGAGCAAGAACUAUACCGUCUUAUCAGGGAAAUUGAACGACUCAAGGAAAUCAUCAGCACUCUGGAGGCGAAACGCGAGCACGACAAGGUUCAAAUGACGGGAAUGAGUGCCAGACUUCAGUCACUGCAGAUGAAAGUGAACCAACUCACUUUCGCCAUCCACGCUCUACAGAGAAUCGUUGAACAAAUGACUAUGCUGGGGCAACAAAGAUAA